UGCAAAUUUUGAAGUGCUCAACGACAGAAUGGGGUCCGACCAAAGCAAGCCAACGCAACCACCGCGACCAGUCCGAGCUGCCGCUGCCGCUCCCCAACAAACAUUCCGAGCCAUCCCAGACACAUACGAGACGUAUGAGCAACUGCAGGCGGCGUUGCGUCAUUCGGGGUUGGAAUCCUCGAACCUCAUCCUGGCCAUCGACUACACCAAGUCCAACACGUGGACUGGCCAGCGCUCGUUUCAAAACAAGUGCCUCCAUGACAUCGACCCGACCAACCAAGUGUGGAACCCGUACCAAUCUGUGAUCCACAUCCUUGGACGAACGCUGGAAGCAUUUGACGACGACAAGUUGAUUCCUGCGUUUGGGUUUGGCGAUGCCACCACGGGCGGGCGAGCCUGUUUCCCAUUUCUCACGAACGGCGACGUGUGCGUCGGCUUCGAUCAAGUGCUGCAGCGAUACAACCAGAUCACACCGGGUAUUGUCUUGUCGGGACCGACGAACUUUGCGCCCGUCAUCCACGAAGCUAUCCGCGUGUGCCAAGCCGAGCGCUCGUACCACAUCCUGGUCAUCGUCGCAGGUUCAUCCAGCUCCCAUGCGAUGAUGUCAUGUCCGUAUGUGAAAUAUGCGAUACUGCUGUAGAUGGACAAGUCACAAGCGAGCGCGAAACCAUUGAAGCCAUCGUCGCCGCGUCCAACUUUCCGCUUUGUACGCACUGACUCCUACAUAUAUACUAACUUGCGAUCUUGUUCGUGUGUAGCCAUCAUCAUGGUGGGCGUGGGCGAUGGGCCUUGGGUAUGUAUGCUCUCUCUUUGCAUCAAUGCGACCUUUGUGCUCAUGUUCUCGUAGGACACGAUGGAAAAGUUUGACGACCAACUGCCUUCCCGCCGCUUCGACAACUUUCAGUUCGUCGAGUACGCCAAGAUGCUUCGGUUCAACCGCGUGAACCCGGAAGUGGGCUUUGCCACAGCGGCCCUCAUGGAAAUCCCAGAGCAGUACAAACUCAUCCGCAAACUAGGCAUGCUCUGAGAUAAUAUAACCACGGGAUGCUCGUGUAUAUAUAUAAUUCCACGGGUGUAGGGUGUCAGGAGUAGUACUGACAUUCAUACCUGUGGGGGAUGCAAAUCUCUGAACUAAGUGAAG